AUGGCUGAGAAGUUAUUAUUAAGAGCAAUAAAGGGUGGUAAAAACACUCAUAUCAUUACAUUGAGUGGGAAGAGGAUAAUAAAGAUACCCUCAACCAUAGAAAAAUUGCCUGACCUGAAAACUCUGUAUCUUCAAAAUAACCUAAUCUCCAAAGUGUGCCCGGAGAUCAGCGCCUUGACCCAGUUGACAAUACUAAAUCUAGGAAACAACCUUUUAGAAGAAGUCCCAGAAGAGAUGAAAUACCUUACCUCCUUGAAGAAGCUUCAUUUAUUUGGAAAUAGGAUUUGUAGAUUUGCAUCUGGAGCAUGUGAUGGCUUACAAAAUUUGAUCCUGCUUAAUCUGAACGACAAUCAUCUUACGUGGCUUCCUCAAGACAUCGGCAGAUUAAAAAGUCUUACACAUCUGAGUGUAAACUGCAAUGAGCUAGCCAGCAUUCCUAUAGAACUUUGUUUCCUUAAGGAUCUUUGUGAACUUCAACUUAACUACAAUCAACUCACUUGCAUACCUGAAGAGAUUAAGUUCUUGAAGAAGCUCCAGAAGUUUCUUCUGGUCAGGAACUACAUCGAAGUUUUGCCAGAGGGAAUUUGUAAUCUUAAAAAGCUAAGCAUCCUAGACAUAGCUGGAAAUAAUAUUCAGAUAUUUCCACCAAGAUUUCACAAUCUGAAGCUGACAGAAUUCUAUUGUGAGGGAAACCCACUUUUCCUGAAGCAGCCAACUGUUGCUCUGCAACAGGAGGACGUCUGGAGUCUACAGGAAAUAACAUCAAGAUAUGUCAUGAAUCAGCUAGCAGGAAAACAUCCUUUCCUAACACGUGCCAUAGAACAGUAUCCAGAGGUCAGGAACUUAAUUUCUCAGGCAAAAAAAUGUCCAAUAUGUGGAGAAUUUUUUUUAUCCAUAUGGCUGGAAUGUGUUCGGUUUGUUCCUCCACCAAAGAGAUGGAAGAUAAGCAGAAAUCUACAGCUGGUACCUCUCCAGGUAUUAAUUUGUUCUUACAAAUGUUUUAAUCGGCGUGACCCUGACCUCUUUGGAAUUGCUCAAGUGUAG